AUGACGGGUGCAUUAGAUGCGGAUGACAACGUGGAAACUUACUAUCUCAAACCUCCAACGUUCUCUAAGAAGACCAAAAAAGAAUGGAAGAAGUCAGGAAGAGGAAUGAUGGCUGCUGUUUCCCCAACUGGGGGAGAGGUUGCCAUAUGGGUCACCAAAAAGACCGGAGAUGAUCCGAAUAAACCCCUUUCAUUGUCUGAUCCUAGGAUAACAAUGCCGGACCGAACGGUGUACUUCGCAUCACACACCUCAAUUCCCAAUCCAGUCGUCACCCUUUAUACAGAGUCAUAUACUCUCUUCACUUCUCUACAAAGAAUCGUAGCCUCUUCCAUACGACUACCGUCGAUAGGCGUAGGAGCCGAGGCAUGGGAUAAGAAGGGUAAUCUGAUAGGGAUCGAAGGUCUCAUGGGACCUCCGGCAGCGGAAACUAUUGGACAUAUGAGAAGAUUGGGAAUGAUGUAUGUGGAAGAGCUCGCAAAGGUCCGUGAGGCGGAGGGGCUGGAAAUAGCAGUAAAGAGCCAUUUCAGCGCGGUAUUUUACGUCCUACAACUGGCCGUGAUCCUGUAUUUACCACCUGAUGGAAGAGGGGAAGGUUUGUUAGGAGAAGAGCUGUUGGACUGGGUGAAUGAUGUGGAUCCUGCACCCGACAACAUCCAAGGACAGGAGAUCAUGCAGGUGAAAGAACCCUGGUCUCAUCCCUCAUUCUGGCCAUAUAUCAUUCGGUGUAUCCUGCGAGGCUUUCAUCUCCCUGCAUCCUCAUUUCUACGUACUUUAUCAUCUCACCGUCAUCCGCCUAUAUCGAAACUCGGCAUGUUACUCUCAACCCAUCUCUCUCUUUUCCCACGCUCACAUAACACCGCCGCAUACCCAUUAGAUCAUCAGUUCCUCACCGCUCAUCGGAAAUGGGUCGGUCGGUUCAAGGCCGAGCUGGCAGCGUUCAUCGGGGGAAGACCAAAGGGUCAAUGGUUAGAAGAAACAUUGCCGGGAGGGUCAGUGGGUGAAACGGGCAAGUGGUCGUCUAACGAGAGAGAUUUUAGAACCGUGAUAGAAUUGAUGGAGGGAAAGCCGGACCGAGUGCUGGAAGAAAGUGCCGAUUGGCGAGAAGCCGUUGGUGCAUGGGGUAUCUUAGUGGACGUGGGCUUAAGAAGAGAUGAUCUGCCCGAGGUCACCGAUAGGAUAUUAGCAAAAAUACCGGCAGACUCGACAGUGUUGGAUGAUAAUAUUCAAGCCAGUCUCUGUUCAGGAGAUAUCGUCAAGGCCCUCACUUCAUGUCACGAGCUCGACGUAUGGCUUGCAGCGCAUUUGAGCGAUAUCUUUGACAAGCUGGUCAUGAUACCUGAUGAUGAAGAACGGUUUGAUAUGUCUUUACGAGAUUACUUCCUUCUAGAAUAUACCGACCUCCUGCAAAAUAAUCCCAAACAUCUCGCUUUCUGGCGUAUCAUCGCCGACUAUCUUUCUGCUGCUGGCGAUGAAGGACGAUGUCGAUUACGAGAGUUCAUCCUGCAUGUCAGCUUAGACAGUGACAUCACACCUUCUCAAAAGCCUGACUCGGUUUCAUCUAUCGCUCCUGCUAAUCAGAUGGAUGGAAUGCAAGUAGAAGAGGUGGAUCCGGUGGAAGAGCACUUACGCAAAUUCGCCGAAAUCAAAGAAGCUUGCGUCGAGCUCAAAUUGGAGGAAGAGUGGCGGAUAAUCAGCGGCAUUUUGGCUGAUCGGUUGAUGAGGAAGAAAGAAUUUGGGUUGGCCGCUACAAUGUGUUUGCAAGCUGAAGACGGGGGUUCUUUGUCCAGAAUAGCAGAGAUAAUAUUGGAUACAUAUAUCACCGAUGGGGAAGAAGAAUUCCUGAGAUUAGUCGACACUCUUCCCCCUUCACUCCUUAAUGACGCACCCCUCGCUUUGAAAGGUUUGGACGACGACUACGAACUGAAUGGUGGUGGAUUGGCCGUCUCCGUCUUCGCAUCCCGUCUGAUGUUCUUGGCCGAGUUCAGGGACUAUUUGCUUUUCUUUGGACAAGGGGUGCGGGAUCAAGCGGCUUCACGAUUAGUGGGAUUGUUGACUUCUGGUAUCGCGCCAAUACGUUUUUGGGCCGUUUUGCUCGUAGAAGCUAUUCCAUUGUUGGAAGACUCGGAGAUACUAUUCACUUCGAAUGACACAUUCGAGCUUUUGCGUGUACUGGAAGAAAUCACUUCCAAUUCGACAUAUGCGCCAACCGAGUACUUGGCCCAACUGGGUCAGCUCCUACUCCGUCUUUCCAGUGAGAUCAAGUUAUCUGGGAAAAUGACCACGGAAAUGAACGGUAGUUUGGACAAUUCGAAAGGAAUGAUAAAGAAGACACAGGGUUCGGAGGAUGGGAUUUCAUUAGCCAUUAGGAAAUUGGAGGAAGCUCGUUUAGCUUUGGCUCGUAAUUUAGCCAGGGCUUUGGUAGUGGGGUUUGAUGCCCCUUUUUAG